GAAAUGGCGGCCAGCUGCUUCGGGUGCAAGGAGGAGAUCAAGGACAAGAUGCUGGAGGCCCUCGGCAAGAGCUGGCACCCGGAGCACUUUGCCUGCAAGGAGUGCAAGAAGCGCAUCGCCGAAAACAAGUUCCACGAGAGCGAGGGGAUGCCGGUGUGCACCAAGUGCUUCGAGUCGAAGGUACAGGCCAUCUGCGCCGCCUGCCGGAAGCUGGUGACUGAGAAAGUAGUGAAGGCGAUGGGCAAAUCGUGGCACCAGGAGCAUUUCAUUUGCGGUGGCCCCUGCAAACAGCAGCUGUCCGGCAAGACGUUCUUCGAGCGCAACGGCAAACCGUACUGCACCGCGGACUACGAGCGGCUGUAUGCCCCGAAGUGCGGUGGCUGCAAGAAGCCGAUCGCCGAGAAGGCCCUGUCCGCGCUGGACAGCAAGUGGCACAAGGAGUGCUUCAAGUGCAAGCUCUGCAAGGAACCGAUCGGGGUGGACGCCAAGUUCCGGUCUGACAAGGAGAAGCAGCCCAUCUGCGAAAAGUGCGGCGUGUAGACGGCGGUGACCCUCGUUGCAUCGGUGGAAACGUCCAGGACGUGUAACAUAACAUUGGAACAUCCCGUCCUGCUGCAAUCUUUCUCUUCACACUGAUUUUUCUCUUUCAAAACAGACACACACACGCGGUGGUGUCAGCACACGUGCACGAUGAUAAUGGAAUAAAGCGUUACCACGCACCCACAGCACCCUCUGUGACCAU